ACAUCCCUCGCAUACAGCAUGAAGGGUCUCGGAGUCAUUCUAUUCUGUGUCCUGGCGGUGGCAUCAGCCCAGAGAAGGCACGGAGGCUUCCAUGGUGGAUUUCCUGGAGGCUUCCCUAGCGGCACAGCCCCACCCGCCACCUGCAGGCGCUGGUGCGAAACUCCAGAGAAUGCUUUUUACUGUUGUGAGCACGCGCGUGAACCCGAGAGGCCCGUGGGCACCAAGCCACUUAACUGCCCCCGAGUCCGUGACACCUGUCCACCGAUACGUACUCUUCAGGAGCAAGGACCAGUACCUUGUUCUAGCGACUUCAGGUGCGGCGGCUUUGACAAGUGCUGCUUCGACAGGUGUCUGGGACAACACGUGUGCAAGCCACCUUCCUUCUAUAACUUUUCCGGCUGAAAAGUAAACCUGGAAUGAUUGAUUCAUGUAGAAUCCGUGACUAAUAAAGUGCACACACUCA